AUGGGAAGAACACUACCCACUCCAGUGGCUUGCAAAGUAUGUGGAGACCGUUCUUAUGGUAAACAUUAUGGAGUUUACUGUUGCGAUGGUUGUUCUUGUUUUUUUAAAAGAUCCAUCCGCCGAGGAGCACUUUAUACCUGCAUAGCCGGAAACGGCGCUUGUAUAGUCGACAAAGCUCGAAGAAAUUGGUGUCCACAUUGUCGGCUUAAAAAAUGCUUCACAGUGCAUAUGAACACAGCAGCAGUCCAAGAAGAGAGAGGUCCUCGUUCCGGAAACAACACUUCCUCGACGUCUUCGUCAAAAUCCACUUGGGAUGCAAAAAAUGACUCUUCAGGGAGUACUUCAAGUUCUGCGGCUAAUCAGCCACACAAAAGGCAACGUCUUCGUACUCAAAACUACAUGAAGUCGUUUCUUAAAGUGCAGGCCGACGCACAUUUCCUUUACCCUCCUCUUCUAUGUCCGCCGCCAUUUUCUGGGAUCGUUCCACCAGGUAAAUCUAAAACUAUAUACCGUGUUUCAAUUUCAAUUGUCAUUCUACCAGAGGAUGCCGUCCAUUACGAGAUUUCCGCCCAAAUCCUCCUGACGACGAUCCGGGAUGCUCGUCGUCAUCAGGACUUUUCCAUCCUGGACGUCGCCGAGCAAAACGCGAUUCUUCGUAGGACUUGGUCCUCCCUCUACAUCCUUCGAUCUUGCACCUGGCCGAUCGAUAUUUCCGAUCUGCAAAGAAGGACCACGAAGGUCUCAGCUGCGACCUUGAAAACUGCACGCACCCUGGUGUCCCAAUUGCAUCUGGACCAGGUGGAGUUGUCGGUCUUGGAGACUUUCGUCCUGUGUCGACCAGAGUUAGUAGAGACAACGGAGAGCAUGAAGAUUCUCACGAAGGCGAGGAACUCCGCAAUUGAUGUUUUACUUCGACAUCAUCAAGACCGAAGCGACCAAGGCCACCGAAUUAUACAAAUCAUGCUUAUUUUACCAUCCUUAAUGGUUAAUUAUCCUCGAGAACUCGGGCAGGAACUUUUUUCCCCCAUUAUUGGGGAUGUCGCAUUAGACCAUGUGAUCGCCUCCAUUCAUUAAGUACUAAUAAUUGCUUCAAAGUGCUCCUCUUAAUUUAUGUAAUAAAUAAAUUAUGUAUGUAUAUAUAUAUAUAGUCUGGUUCUUUCAUACCACCUUAAGUAUUCCACUGGUUAGGGGAAAAUAAUAAUUUUCCGUAUUGUCGGGUAUGUAAAUGUUCAA